AUGUCGCCACCAGUCGGCUCCUGUUGUUGCAAACGGGUGAUAAAAGAUAAGAUUAAAUUUCAUCGUCGAUUGUUUCGAAGGGUUUCAUCUGCUUUGGUUAACAUCGAUGUAUAUCAAUCUGACGUAUCUUGGUACCGUGGAUUGUUUUGUGGAGAUGAUGUAUUUUGGCGUCAUGACAUAUUGACACUUGUCCGUAGAUACAUCCUCUACCAUUUACGUUAUUUUGAUGUUAAAUUACGGCUGUGUCGUGAUUUGUUAUCGUAUUUAUCAUCAUUAAUUUUGCGUUAUGGUUUCCGAGCUAAGCUGCAGCAUGUGCAUCGUGAUAUCAAUGAUCUUGUUAGGGUUCUUCAAGUUUCCCCCCGAUUACAUUGUGGUCUCGGUUUGGUGAUGCGUCAUGGUAUAUCUGUAUUUCAUGGUCUGUGCAUACGAGGUUGUUUAUCUCAUCCUCGCAUGUACCGUAGCCUUGAUCGUCCAACCGUUUUAUUAGCAAAGUCUUUUCUUAAUGGUAAUUUAGAUACUCCCUCUAGUGCAUACGAGGACAUCCGUGAUGUCUGUGGUUCAUAUGAAUCCGUAUCAGGUCAUGUUGAGCGUCUUUGCAAGAGCGGCGUUAAGCUUUUGCUUUGUAGUGGUAGCGUACCUCUCGAGCUUGGUGAGAAGCUACACCUUCGUGGCAUAUGUUGUGUAUGUAAAGUUGACCCUGAAGUGUUAUCAAAGGUUGCUUUGGCGGUUGAUCGUCCUAUUGUUGAGUGCGUGGAGGAUUGUACCGAUUACAUUCCGUUUUUAUCCCGUAUUGAGCGUUAUACAUUUGUGAAGAGGUAUGGUGACAAUAUUGCAGCUCUAACUUUGGACAGCAGUUUCCAUGGUUGCAGUAUUAUCUAUUCUACCGUUCGUCUUACGUGUUCAAACUCUGCUCGAUUGAAAGAUUUGAUUUAUAUGGGUUUAUUUCAUAUUCAGGCGUUAUUUGAGGAGUUGACAUUGGUAAAGGAUUUGGGUGGUACAUUGGAUGGAGACUAUGAACCUUGUUUUUUGCCAAAUACAUGUCGCAACUCUGCAUCAUGUCGCUCAUCGCUAUCUAUUGAGCCAUCGAGCACCCAUCUAAGCUAUGAAUCACCUUGUAGCAGUGUCUUUUCAAAGUUCGCACCAUCCAAUCACGGGAUAAGUCACAUUAAUUCGUCACGUUUAUCUAAACAUCGUAACCAGCGUUUACUACGUUACAUUCGCAUCGUGCGAGGCCAUGUAGCGUAUGAUUGGCCAUUUUUUGGCAAUGUGUCUCCAUCGCAUGGGAAGCAUGUUUAUUUACAUUUUUCAGAUUGGCUAUCACAUCACCUACUGGGUACGGUUGACGAGCCUUCUUCUGUGGGUUUGGUCAUGCCAUCUUGUACCGAUUUGAAGAGUAAUUCAUUUUUGGAAUGUUUCGAGUACUUUACUAAAAGUAGCGAGUUGUGCGGUUCUGUAACACGUCGAUAUGUCCCGUUUGGUAUUUACAGUGUUGGUUCAUUUUUGAGUGACUUUCUGGUUGAUUAUGGCCAAAGUCUCGAUAUCAACAAGUGUAUAUCGUCUGAAGCAUGUUCGGAACACCUUGAUCGUCAUCAUUUUCAUUUGGAAACCUCCGGUUCAUCAUCUCUGCAUCGACGUCUGAUCGCUGUAGUGUCACAAUACCAAUUCGACACGGGUUCUGUGAUUUCGGGUCCAUUUUUAUUAAUGCGUAUCCGUUGUCGUAUUUGUAAUGUUACCGAUACCGUCGCAGUUCAUGAUCUUACUUUCGGUCGUUUCGUUCAUCUAUUGCUUUACAACAAUUGUUACGUUUCGCGAUGUGGUCAUGCUCUAUUUGUUAUGCACGAUUUUUUGUUACGCGGUGAAGGGUUUACUUUAUGUAUCCAUGUGGAGAAUGUGACGAAUUUCAAUAUAGGUGCUUGGUUUGAUACUCCUUUGUUCAAUGCAGGUUUGGGUUUUUUGCCUUUAUCUUCGGCCGGUUUGAGCACCCAUGAUCGUCAUUUACAGCGAUGUUGGAACAAGUUAUCUGUACUAUUGGAACCUUUUUCAGAUGCACUUUGCGGUUUGGUUCCUGGUAUAACUGGAGAAGUACCGGAUUACCCGGUUAUUGACUUUGUGCUAUUACAUUUAAAAGAUCGUUCAUCUAUGUUAACUCAAGCUUUGAACAAUGUAUUUCAUAUGAUAUUGGGUGUUGUUACAACUCGUUUUUCCGGUUGUGUAUCAACAUUUGGGUUAUAUGAGGAGUUACCAUGUCGUUGUGAAUUUGGUGUUACAUUUAAAAGUCAGGAGUUAGAUCCCCGUAACCAGUGGCCACUUGCUGUGAAUUUCCGCUCAUUUCGUCAUUUUGAGGAGUUAUGGGAGGACCGCAACGCAUUCGGUAUUGAGGUGCAUCCGCUAUUACUGGAUGUCCUAAAGUGUUCAUUUGAUGGUCGCACUAAAUUUGUCAUUUGCCCCCGUUGUCAAUCGUUUAAAUUUACCAGCAUAGCUGACUUCGAGAUUCUGAAUUGGAUGUACAUUAUCACAUCUGUAUUGUUAUUUUUAGGUUUGAAGCUUCGGGGUUUAUCAGUUGCUUUGGGAGAGAGCGUCGAUGGUUACCUGCUUGGCGAUCUUGAUGACUGUCUUGGACGUCUGGCUAUGACUCCUGACUCGCGGCAAAUCUACGAUGAUAUGUUAUCUCCUGCGGCAUCUAUGGAUUUUUCUGCGCGUCAAAGUACGUCGUUUGCCACACCUCUGAAUGCUGAUAUUAAAACUUUUGCUGAGGCUCGGAGUCCAUCGUUGGUAUUAUCGUUACAACGCACCGCAAGCAGCCACAAUGAGCCUCAAAGGACUGAAGGGUCCGUGAGUUAUGAUAAAGUGUUGAACAGGGUAAUCGAGAUCAUUGAUGACUGUUUGGAGAGUUUGCGUAUAACAUAUAUCCAGUGUAUUAGCCACUUGCUGUUCUCACAAUAUUGUAGUUCUCUCGAUCCUAUGCAUAUAUUCAUGACUGUACGAAGUUUCUUCGUAUCCAUGACGUCGCUGUGUCGAUCUGUUAUCGGCGAUGUUAUGAGAUCACCGGCUAUAUCUUGUUUGAAGGGGUUGCGUGUAAUGGACUCCAACGGUGUUGUUGUUGUGUAUCCUUCUAUAUGGAAAAGUAGUUCUGAAUCUGGUGCGGGUUUGUCGGCGGGCAAUAAUCAGGGGCAAGGUAAAACAUCCAGAUUUGAUCAGUUCACAUCUGCAAAGCAUGAACCAGCUUCUAACGGGCUGAAUGGUAGCAGUGAUAUAAAAGAUAGUGUCGGUGGAUCAAACUAUAUAUCUUCUGAUAGAUCAUGUAGAACAGUGUGGGCUAUUAAUAUCCCUGAGGAUAUUUAUCAUUCCAUUCGUUACUACAAGCUGUGUCGAGGGUCAUUUGCAAGUGGAACCCGUUCCACGUCUGAUAUUGACAAUGAGGAUGUAUAUAGCUUAGGUGAGUACCUGCGCAUAGUUUGGAAUUCUUCUGCUACCUUCGGUUUCUACGGUGCUGCAACCUCUAGUCCUGUCCCAUCAUUGGGUCAGCUAAUGUCGAGGAUGCAUAUGGGUUGCCCAAAGAGAUCGGAAUCGGUUGUUUGUGUGAGCUAUGGCAUGCUAUGGCACGUGCGUCGCGAUAUUGGUAACAUCAUCGCUAGUGGUUUGCUGUCGAGGGAAUAUCUGGAUCAGUGUAGUUCAAGGUUCGAUCAUCCCAUAUCUGGUAAUUUGUGUAUGAUGGGUAGAUGUCUACUGUCCUAUUGCAAGAAUCUGCGUUAUAGUUUGAUGGCUAUGGUUACCAGUGGUCCACGUAGGGAUGCCUUUUAUGAUGUAUCGGUGACACGAUCUGGUUUUAUUGACACAUCUGUUGUUGGUAAGAGGCGUAUCGUUGGUUUCAUUUUGAAUUCACUGUUAUUUCGUUAUCUCAAACGUCAUUCACGGCUAUAUUCUCUGUUUUAUGGCAAUUCCUAUUGUGUAUUCCGUUCAGAAUUACCAAGUGAUGUGCUAAGUGUUCGUCGGUGGGAUAGGUUUCACCCAUCACUAGCAGAUAGCCCAUGGUGUGCCAUGCUUCGUAGUGAUAUUGACCUUUUAGUUGCUAAUGAACUUUGUUACUGGCAAGAUGCGAAGGUUAUGGGUGGUAUUCCAGAUCCUAUUACCCGUGACCAACCUAUAAUGUGUUCUGUAACCGAGGCAUGUUAUGGGACCCCUGUUGUAAUUUGUAACCACCGUCUAUUCAACUAUCGUUGGUGUGAUCAUGAUAAGGAUUACGGUGUAAUUCCAGUGAUGGACCAUAUUGUGAAAGGUUUGUUGCUUAACAUUGGUAAUGAGCGUGAUGUUCUGCGUUCUUAUAUCGACUGGACAUGUCGUUAUCUUCAGGCAACAUUGAUUUCUAGGUUAAGUAUCCAUACCAUGCUGUGUUAUGUAGAAUCACAGAUUGAUAUUUUGUAUACGUUUGAGAGGAUUUCAGAGCUGGAUGAAACUUGUUGUCUGAGUCCUACAUUUUACAAUGAAUGUUCGUUGUCAUCAGGUGGUACUCCGUUGUCUCCAUUUAUGCAAUCUUUUGACGAAAAGGUAUCUUACAACCUUUCCGAUGUGCGAAUGGUCUCACCACGUGGUAUAACGGCGUUAUCUGCAGGUGUUGGUGCAUUUGAGCGAGGUUCUCUACCACAAGCUAGUGCUAUAUCAAGGUGCACAUCGUUAACUCUGUCUACUGUUAACCCAAAUUAUGACAUUUUGGUACAUUACCCAGAGGCAUUUCAUGUCCUCCGUCAUUAUUUCUGUGGUGAUGAUAUCAGUUUUGCAAGGUCACUAUGUCGAUCAUCUCGUUUGCGUUGUUCCGGUGGUAAGAGCGGAGCGCCAUUGUUCGUUUCACAUGACGGUAAGCUUAUGAUUAAGCUUUUGAACAUGUACGAGUUCCAGUUACUGUUGGAUAGUGGUCCUCGGUUCUUCGAGCAUCUCCUUGGAGGCGGAACUAUGUUAAGCAUCCCAUACGGUCUAUUUUCUAUUAUUCAUCGUAAGAACGGACGUGUAGGCGGUUUCUUGGUUAUGCAGAAUAUCGAUCACGGUAUCGAUUCAGGGAAGUUAACGUUUGAUCUUAAGGGUAUAUCAUUUAAGCGUUGUGUCCUCCUUGAUAGUGUUAAGGACCCUGUAACGUCAACUUGUCUGGAUGUUCCUACAUUAUCACGUUGUUGUUCUGUGAACGACAUUUUCGACAUACCGGAUCAUAUAGUUCUUUUGGAUCAGAAUUUCAAGAACUUUACCAAAGGAUGUCCAUUGCGUCUUUCAGAAUCAUCAGUAGUUCGUGUAUUUGAAUUUUUGCGUCGUGAUCUUGAAUUUCUCGCACAUCUUCAUGUGGUCGACUAUUCUGUCCUGCUGCAACUGUUUCCAUCUGCUGGUGUGCUGGUUUUGGGUAUUAUCGAUUACCUGCGGCCUUACACGUGGGACAAGCAGAUCGAAUCAAUUGGUAAGAAGCUUGCGAAUUUGGCCAGUGGCCAAGCGCCCACUAUAGUAUCGCCAUUUGAGUAUCGUGUCCGUUUUUUACGUUUUUUUGUGCGUAUAUUCUGGUUCGUAAAAGAAGAGGAAGAGGGUGAACCUUCGUUACCUCGCUUAACAAAAUUGGUUAAGCGACCUCCUCCUCCUCGUCCCAUUUGCCAGUGCUUAAUUUGUUCUGCAACCCGGUCUUUGUACAGCGGUCGAUACGCCAUAUCACUAUGUCAUUAUAUGUGGCGUACCUCUCCUGGAGCUCGGCGAUAUAUCCACCGGCUGGUGAGCUCCAGCGUACCUUGCGGUGACAUCGAAGGAUCGUCAUUGGAGGUGUCCAGGCUGUUACAAUUGGCCUAUGGCACUGCAGCACUGGACUCUAGUUACCGUGUUAUGUAG